CUUGAGCAGGAAGCUUCUGCUGGACGAGGCAGAGCAGGCUAAAGCCCGGAGUUCACGCGUUCAGGGCUAAAAGCGCGAUAAAGAACCAAACACGGAGUUUCGGUUUUCUGCUGUUCACUCGGUCACAAGUUCCCCAUAGCGCUGCAGGACAGUGAGGACAGUGAAGACAGUGAGGACAGUGAAGACAGUGAAGACAGUGAGGACAGUGAGGACGAGGUAAAGGGGAAAAUCUCAGGACCGGAUUCUGCAGAAGAGCUGCUCUGAAAACGGGCCGUUUUGCCUCGCAGGUUGAGCUGAACUCGGUUCUGUCCCUGUCUGUGUGUCAGAUAUGAUCAGCCUGCUCGCUGCUUUAUGUUUCUGUUUGACUUUCAGUCCCACCGAGGAGGACCAGAGUGUGUACAGGUCUGUCGCCGCUCCAGCUCAGGCCUAUUUUGCAGAAACGUUUGAUACAGACUCGUUGGACAGAAAGUGGGUGCUGUCCCGGGCGGUGAAAGAGAAGGAUGCUGACAUUCAUAAAUACGAUGGAGGGUGGGUUGUGGAGGAGCCUGAGAAACAAGUGCUACUAGGAAACAAGGGCCUUGUGCUCAAAUCUCCAGGUCGCCAUCACGCUAUAGCUGCGUACCUUCGCACGGUGUAUCACUUCAGAGACAAACCCCUCUUUCUGCAGUAUGAGGUUCACUUCCAAAAGGGGAUCGACUGCGGUGGAGCCUACAUAAAGUUGCUCACUCAUUCGGAUGAUCUCCGCUUGAGUCAGUUCAGUGACGUCACCCCAUACAGCAUCAUGUUUGGUCCAGACAAAUGCGGCAGUACUUACAAGGUGCAUUUCAUAUUCCGCCACCGGAACCCUCGGACCGGGACGUACGCGGAGAAGCACGCUCGGCAGCCUGAGACUGACCUGAGCGACUACUUCACGGACCUCAAGCCUCAUCUCUACGCUCUCAAUUUAUAUCCAGACAACACCUUUGAAAUUCUCAUUGACCAAACGCUGGUCAAACAGGGGAGUCUGCUGGAGGACAUGGACCCACCAGUGGUGCCUCCUCGUGAGAUAGAAGACCCAGAAGAUACAAAACCCACCGACUGGGAUGACAGGCGCCAUAUUCCUGACCCCACAGCAACAAAACCCCACGACUGGGAUGAGGAAGCCCCUCGGCUCAUUGCUGACCCCACAGUGCAAAGACCUGAAGGCUGGAUAGAAGAGGAAGAGCCCUUUGUCCCAGACUCAGAAGCUCAGCCUCCACAUGACUGGUCUGUUGAGAUGGACGGGGAAUGGGAGGCUCCUCUAAUCGCUAACCCUGCCUGUGCCGAGGCUGCAGGCUGUGGGUCCUGGAAGCCUCCCAUGGUGCCCAACCCAGCAUACAAGGGGAAGUGGAAAGCACCUAUGAUUGAUAACCCCAAUUAUCAGGGGAAGUGGCAGCCACGGAUGAUCCCUAACCCAGCGUACUUUGAGGACCCUCAGCCCUUCAGGAUGAGCCCUGUGGGUGCAAUAGGCUUUGAACUGUGGUCCCUUACUGGAGAUAUGCUGUUUGACAACAUCUUGCUGUGUGACAACCUAGAGAUGGCCAAACGCUGGACAGAGGACACCUGGGGACAGAGAAAGACACCGGGGAUUCUGGAGCGGCUCCUGCUUGCCACAGAAAAGCGUCCCUGGCUGUGGGGCUUGUACGUCUUCACUGUGGGACUUCCCAUCAUCCUCUUUGUCAGUUUAAUGUGGCCUGAUAAGCGAUUUGGCCCCUCGACUGAGGACUACUAUUACAAAAAAUCUGAUGAGCCUCAGCCAGACAGUCCCCAGGAUCCAGAGGGCCACACUGCUCUGAAUGACUCUGGGGCCAAGGUCAAAACUGGCCCGAGAAAAAGGGAAACCAGGAAAGCACAGAAAAAAUCAGACCUGGAGUUAAAGGAGAACUCAGACUGAGUCCUUCAGCUCUCCUGGGGAGAUACUGGACUAGACUUGAAGGAAGCCAUAAAAGACUGGAGCUGCGACUUGAUUCAGUUUCAAAAUGUCAAGGACAUCACAAGUCAUACAAGAAGGAAUGUUCUGAUUUGGUUAUUCGUGAGGAAAAGUGCACAGAAAAGUUCAAUUGGGAUGUGAUUCCUAAGCCUGAAAACAGUAGAAGCUAAUCAGUUUUGGAGCAACAUUGGAAAUUAAGCGUAGAAAAAAUAGCCAUUAUAUUGAACAGGUGUUAUGGGUACAAUAAAAACAGGGCCUUAAAAUUGAGACCGUAAUAAAACCUAUCCUGUGUUUUUACUGGUGGCAACUUUCAGUUCCUUCUGCAACUCUAAUUUACUGCUGCGUGUUUUGCCUAGACAUGCAGAGUUUAAGGACUGAUGGCUUUACAGAUGUUCCUUUACUGUAUUUAUGGUCAUCCGGACUGGACCAUGCCUUAAUGGGGUUAAAACACUACUUGAUCACUGGAUUACUUGAUUUCAGACGAAUGCUGCCUACUCGAACAUGAAGAGUUUUAUUCAAAAACACUAUAUAUAUAUAUAUAUCUGUUUGUAACACUUUUGGCUAUAACAGGUGUUUAAAAAGAAUAACAGCUGAUGUAUAAUGGAAAAAGAUUCUAAUAAAGAAGGUAUAAAUCAUAA